AUGAACAAAGAAGCACCGCUCUCGAUUGCUGAGCGCGACUUUAUCCUCGAUGCGCUCCGCGAGGACGUGAGGCUCGAUGGCCGUGGGGCUGAUGAGUUCCGUCCGCUCAAACUCUCGUUUGGCGAGGAAUACGGCCAUGUGAAAGUGCAGCUGGGGAAGACGAGCUUGAUCGUUCGAAUUUCCGCCGAAGUCGCGAAACCCCACGAUGACCGACCGUUUGAUGGCAUCUUCAACAUCGCCAUGGAGUUGACCGCGAUGGGCUCCCCCGCCUGGGAGAAUGGCCGACAAGGAGACCUCGAAACAUACGUUACAAACGUGCUAGACCGAGUUAUUCGCCACUCCAACGCUUUAGAUACCGAAUCCCUCUGCAUCCUCAAAGGCGUCAGCUGCUGGACGAUACGUGCUGAUGUACACAUCACCGACUACGAUGGCAACCUCAUUGAUGCGUCCUGCAUUGGAGUUAUGGCCGGGCUGCAGCACUUCCGUCGCCCCGAUGCGGUGGUCAAGGACGGCCAAGUGAUCGUUUACGGACUGGAUGAAAGAGUUCCCGCGCCCCUGAACAUCACCCACAAGCCUCUUUCGGUCACAUUCCACACAUUCGACGAGGGGAAACUCGUUAUCCUCGAUGCGACGCGGAAGGAAGAGCAAGCGUCAGAAGCGGACGUGGUGAUCGGGAUGAACAAUGCCGGAGAUGUCUGCUACGUCUCUAAAUUCCAAGGCUCCCCGGUGGAUGCUCUGGUGUUUGUCACAAAGACGACUGUCGCGUUGGAAAAGGUUAAGCAUGUCAACGGCAUUAUUGACAAGGCCCUGCAGGCUGAUCUUGCAAAACGAUCUAAGGGCGGCCUCGCGGAGCAAGCCAGAGCGGAGAAUGAUCGGCCGGUCGCGUAG